UAUGCGAUUAGGACAUAUGGAGACUCAACCACCAAAGAUAUACGGAACAAAGGUGAGAAUGAGUGUGUGGCAACUGAAGACACAAAAAGAUGCUGGCGAAUUCAGUCUAGGCCAGUUUUGGCUCGUCUCAGGAUCUUACAACGCAGGUGAUCUCAACAGCAUUGAGGCAGGCUGGCAAGUGUAUCCUCAUAUAUAUAUGGACAACCAGCCAAGAGAGAUGCAUACAAGAUCCAUAAAUAUUACAAUUUCACUAUUCAGGAUUAAUCCAGACCAGCCAAAAAGUUCUUAUUGGGGAUGCUAUUUCUCCAACGACUCGAAGCUCAGACUUUGGUGGUUGGGUGUCGGGUUUAGCAAUUGCACAAUUGUUGAGGCAGUCGGGUAUUGGCCGACAGAGAUAUUCACCCGACUAAUCGAAUACGCAGAGGAGGUGCAGUGGUGCGGUGAAAUUACAAAUGGGAACAUCUCCGGCCAGCACACCACAACCCAUAUGGGAUCUGGAUAUUUUCCCGACAUCGGCUUUUGUACAGCCACCUACAUGUGCGAUCUAGAAAUCGCAGCAAACAUAGGUGAUUUCCAGCCAGUCUAUGACCUCAGGUUUAGAGCAACUAACCCCAAAUAUUACAACGUCAAAAAGGUGAACGAUACGUGUUUCUUUUUUGGCGGGUCAGAACACGCGAGAGGUGUUAGUCUUAGAGUGAAGUUGGUGAUUCUACAUUUUACUUUCCUCUUUUACUUCUUGGCUUGUAUAAUC